AUGACUCGAGUUCUCGUCACAGGUGGCACCGGCUUCGUCGCUGGACAUGUAAUUGAUGCCCUUCUCAAACAUGGCCACAGCGUCGUGACUACUGUUCGCUCCGAGCAAAAGGCCCAGUCCAUCCGCAAUGAGUUCCAAGGCGUUGGUGAAGAGAAGCUAGACUUUGCUAUCGUCCCCGAUAUUGCUGCCAAAGAUGCCUUCCAAGGCUUGGGUGGAUAUGGCCUCGAAGCGGCCAUUCACAUCGCCAGUCCUUUCCACUACAAUAUCACAGACGCCAAAAAGGAUUUGAUCGAUCCCGCUGUCCUCGGCACAACUUCAGUGCUUGAUGCUCUUCACAAGACUUGUCCCUCCGUUCGACGAGUUGCGUUGACGUCAUCCUUUGCUGCGAUCCUGGACCCUAAGCUGUCGUUCACCGGUGCGAAUAAGACGUACACUGAGGCCGAUUGGAGUCCUCUUACUACGGAAGAUGCUUACUCUAACCCGGGGCUUGCCUACGCUGCAUCCAAGGCAUUUGCUGAGAAGUCUGCUUGGGAUUUCAUGUCCGAUAAGAAACCUGAUUUCUCUCUUACGACAAUUUGUCCUCCGAUGAUCUACGGUCCGGUCAAGUACCCAGUCAAGUCUCUCGACUCCGUCAACACAUCCAACCAGCUACUGGCUGAUAUCAUCAACGGGAAGCAUAAGAGCGGCCUUCCUCCAACUCAACUACCUCUCUGGGUUGACGUCCGUGACGUAGCAUUGGCCCAUGUCAAGGCUGUAGAGACGGAAGAGGCAGCUAACAAGCGCAUCUUUAUCACUGCUGGGUAUUACAGUAACCAGGAGUUAUAUGGAAUUCUGUAUGAGAACUUCCCUGAUCUACGAGAUAGGCUACCGGAUGAGGCCAAUAAAGGAGGCAACCCAAACCCAGCUUUAGAUUCCUUUGGCUAUGAUGCCACUCGGGAAACACAAUUCUCGGAAUCGAUUAGAUACCAUAUAAGAAGACAGUCAUUGAUUCGGUCAAGUCGCUUCUUUGAGUAUAACAGCACUAUUUUUCCAUCAAUAUCUAGUAUCUUAUGUAUCAAGUUGUCGGGAUAA